GCAGUUAGACACUCAGAGGGAUUCGGCUCUCCUUUUGAAGCAUUCACAUCUUCAGUUCUCCUCAGCUCAGAGUUGACUACCCACACCGCUGCAAACAAAAUGUAUCAAAACAGGAAGGCCAUGUCUGUCAGCUCUAGCAGCAGCAUCAGGAGGUCCACCGGAGGCGCAGGAGGAGGCAGCAGCUUCUCCAUCCAGAGAUCCUUUGGUGCUGGCGGCCUUGGUUCUGGUUAUGGGUCUGGUGGCAGCUUCAGUGCCGGCUCUGGCAUGGCCAGCUCUGGCUAUGGCUUUUCUUCUAGCCAAGCAGGAGGCGCUUUCAUCGCUCCAACCAUCACAUCCGUCCAGGUCAACAAGAGCCUGCUGGCCCCUCUGAACCUGGAGAUCGACCCCCUCAUCCACGGUGUCCGCACCCAGGAGAAGGAGCAGAUCAAGACCCUCAACAACCGCUUCGCCUCCUUCAUUGACAAGGUUCGCUUCCUGGAGCAGCAGAACAAGAUGCUGGAGACAAAAUGGAGCCUCCUGCAGGACCAGACCACCACCCGCUCCAACAUCGAUGGCAUGUUCGAGGCCUACAUCGCCAACCUGCGCAGACAGCUCGAUGGACUGGGCAAUGAGAAGGUCAAGCUGGAGGGAGAGCUGAGGAACAUGCAGGGCCUGGUUGAAGACUUCAAGACAAAGUACGAGGAUGAAAUCAACAAGCGUGCAGCUGCAGAGAAUGAGUUUGUGCUCCUGAAGAAGGAUGUUGACGCUGCCUACAUGAACAAGGUUGAGCUGGAAGCCAGGGUCGAUGCUCUUCAGGAUGAGAUCAACUUCCUCAGGGCCGUCUACGAGGCUGAGCUGCGUGAGCUCCAGGGCCAGAUCAAGGACACCUCUGUCAUUGUGGAGAUGGACAACAGCCGCAACCUGGACAUGGAUUCUAUUGUUGCUGAAGUGCGCGCCCAGUACGAGGACAUCGCCAACCGCAGCAGAGCUGAGGCCGAGACAUGGUACAAACAGAAGUACGAGGAGAUGCAGAGCUCUGCUGGACAGUAUGGUGAUGACCUGCGCUCGACCAAGGCUGAGAUCGCUGAGCUGAACCGCAUGAUCGCCCGUCUUCAGAAUGAGAUCGAGGCUGUCAAGGGACAGAGGGCCAGCCUUGAGGCCCAGAUCGCAGAGGCUGAGGAACGUGGUGAGCUGGCAGUGAAGGACGCCAGGCUCCGCAUCAGGGACCUGGAGGACGCCCUCCAGAGAGCCAAGCAGGACAUGGCCCGCCAGGUGCGCGAAUACCAGGAGCUGAUGAACGUCAAGCUCGCCCUGGACAUUGAAAUCGCCACCUACAGGAAGCUGCUGGAAGGAGAGGAGACCAGACUGGCCAGCGGAGGCACCAACGCAACCAUCCACGUGCAGCAGAGCUCUGGAGGUGGUGCAAUGCUCCAGUCCAGCGGUGGAUUCGGCUACGGUGGAAGCAGCGGCGGCUACAGUUCCGGAAGCUACGGUGGUGGUGUCACUGUCACCAAGUCCACAUCAAUGCGUUCUGCCAGAUAUUAAAAGGAGAGCCACCCCUCUUUUCCCUCAGAAACUCUUGAAUUUGAUCUAAAUCUAUACUCUUUCGUGGUGCUACAUAACACUGUUAAGAAAGUUCAAAAGGAGAGCUGAAUUUUGCAAAUACUGGAGUCCUAAAAUCUGAGAGUUUCUGAGGGCAAGCAUUGCCUUAAAAACACAAUGGCCAGGUCAGUUAGCAAGGCAAAUAUUUUUUCUUUCAACACUACUGCUCAACUAAGAAAUAAGAAAAAAAAGGAACACACAGACGAAGUGUAAAAACUAGCCAAGGGAACAUUUGAAACUCAGUAGUCUAUCUUGUCAACUUAGUAAUGUUUUGUACUUUAGUGCACUGAUAAACUGCUUAGAUCCUGCAGCUGAAGGGCAGGAUGAGUUUUUAAGUUGAUCUCUGUAGUCCUGCAUUUGAGUGCUGAUAUUAGUAAGAGGAGCAAGUCCCUGACCAAAUCUGAUCACUGGAGAAAUUGUCAUUUUAAUUCACAAAUGUGAAAUGUGUGAUUUCACAUGUUUAGUUUGCCUUUGAACUGAUUGGCCAGUGGCAGGCUCUUUUUUACUGCUCUACCAAGUGUAUCCUUGUUCAGUUUCGCCUUUCAUCACCUCCAAGAUAAAACGAUGUUGUAACCAGAUUUAUUUUGUAAAAGCCAACUGCGCUGGAUGUUUGCAGCAAACUACAUCAGUGACGUCUGAGUGAAAUAAAUCUGAGAACUAAAA